UACGUCUCAAACCAUCCACGAGAUAGUUGAAAAGUGUUUUGCCAAGUUUGAAAUCAAUUGGAAAAAAAACAUGGAGAAUUAUCCAUUCCCAAACCCUGAGCAGAGGCAGGAGUGGGAGGAAGAGGACGCAGCCAUGGAGGAUUGGUGGCUGGAGCAGAAGGAGAAGUGUCAGGAUUAUAUCCCACACUAUUACCCUUUGGCGGGACAUUUGGCGGUGCCAAUGCACCAGUUUGUCAGUUUCCUGGCAUACCUGGGAGAUUUUCUGUGUGUUGCGAAGCAAGCUUCUGUUCAUCAGGAGAUGAGAGGAUUUUUGAACUUCCUCCGUCUCGUCGAUCGUGAGGAAGAGGCGAGGGAGAUACUGCCACAUGCGCGGUACGUCACCAUCGCCGCAUGGCUCAUUUUAGGCGUACAAGGUCGUUGCAUCGAAUAA